AUGAGCCCGUACCUCAGCAGCAAUGCUGCGCAAGAUGAGCCCAGAGUGUCUGACACUCGGGCUGUAUUCCCACAUAUCCAUGAUGAUCCGGCUACACUUUCCUCCUCGCUUGACCCGUUCACCAUCACCACACAGAAUGGCUUCCUUCCACUUCAGACACCACUAGUCGAACUUCCACCAGUCUUCGCCCCUCUCCAGAAGCUCUGCGAUGACAUGCCAAUUGAGAAGCUAGACGGCACACCAGGUCUGCUCGCCACUUACCAACUCGGCCCCACCAUUGACGAGCAGAAGGCGCUGCCUGAUCUCAAUCAUGAGAUUGAUAACCUGAUUGCUGCCGAUGGCAAGCCAGACCUGGUCGCUGUCUCUGCCGCCUUCCGAGACUACUCCUUCUUGGCAUCUGCUUAUCUGCUUGAGCCAUGCUGGGAACAGUGGAAUAAGGAUGGCACCUAUGGCAUGGGCCGACCUGUUCUGCCAAAGGAGAUUGCUGGUCCACUUGUGAAGUGUGCCAAGAUGCUUGAUGUCCCGGCCUUCCUGGCUUACGCUGCUGGCUACGCUCUGUUCAACUACCGCUUUGUCAAUGCCUCCAUCGGUGCUUCGGAAUACAGCAACCUCCGUUUGAUCCGUGCCUUCGAGAAGGGUCUCGAUGCCUGUUCAUCCGAAGCUGGCUUUAUCCUCACUCACGUCGACAUGGUCAAGCACACUGGCCCACUUGUACAAGGCGCCGUCCAGCUCCUCGAUGCCGUAGCAGCAGACACUGGCGUAUCCACAGUGGCCGAUGCAUUCGACCACCUCCUCAGCACAAUGCGUGUGAUCGAAGACUCAAUGGAAGGAAUGUGGAAUCAAAGCAAGCCAAAGGACUACAUCAGCUACCGCACCUUCAUCUUCGGCAUCACAAACCAACCCUUCUUCCCCAACGGCGUAAUCUACUCCGGUCACGCCAACAACACCCCGCAAUACUUCCGCGGCGAAUCCGGCGCCAACGACGCCAUAAUCCCCCUCUUGGACCACCUCCUCCAAAUCCCCAUGCCCUCCAACCCACUCACCAACAUCCUCAAAGACUUCCGCUCCUACCGCCCCAAACCCCACCGCGAAUUCCUCUCCUACGUCCUCUCCCGCUCCUCCGAACUCUCCAUCAAAUCCUACUGCCUCAAAGACCUCCAAACCCGAAUCUUAUACCUCCGCCUCCUCGAACAUGUCCGAUCUUUCCGUUGGAGACAUUGGUUGUUUGCGAGAGAGUAUAUUAUGAGACGCACGGCGCAUCCUACGGCUACGGGGGGAAGUCCGAUUGUUACGUGGUUGCCGAAUCAGUUGUUUGCUGUUAUGGAGUUGAUGAGGGAGGUUUGGGAGGGGAUUUCGGUGGAGGAGAGGGAGGCGCAAGGGAAGGUUGUGAAUGAGAUGAUGGAGAAUGUUUAUGAUAGUUAUGAGAAGUUGGAUAAGGAGGUUGAGAGGUGGUGUCAUGAGAGGGGUUGGGAUAGGAAGAAGGUGGAGGUGAAUGAGAAGAAGUAG